CUGUGAGGCUGUGAUGUGAGAAAUGCCUUUGCAGGCCGAAGGAAAGAGAAAACGCAAGAAAACCAAAAACCAAAUCACACAAAACCAAAACCAAAACCAAAACCAAAACCCAAAUUCACAAAUCCAAAAAUCACAAAUUAAAAAAAGUCAAAAAUCGAACCCUGCAUUUGGUCGAGGAUGUGUUCGAGAAUGAGAGAUGAUGAUUUUGUUUUCAUACAUCAUUAUUAUUAUUAUUGUUGCUUGUAGUUGUUGUUGUGAUGGCGAUUGAGACGAUGAUACCCAACCACACACCCACUGUUUUCUGUUUGGUAUCAGAGAAACCGCCUUUCGAUUUUCUGGCCUCUGAAUCUAACUCCAACCCCUUCCUUUCGAUCUGUAACUGUUUUAUGAAGUCCUCUUUCUAGUACCUGCUCGUUAGCUUGUACCAGUUGACAAUGGCAGAAUCUAGUUCAGUUGAUGUCAUCCUAGAGUUUUUACGAAGGAACAAAUUUACAAGGGCCGAGGCUGCUUUCCGCAGUGAGCUCAAUAACCGCCCUGAUUUGAACGGUUUCCUUGAAAAACUCACCAUUAAAGAGGAAUUGGGUAAGUUAUUGGAGGAAGAGAAUCGGGGCAAAGCAACUACAGAAAAUCAAGGGACAAGUAAUCAAAAUACUGGUGAAGUUUCAAAGGAGCUUAUUGUCAUGGAGAUAGAGCAUGGGUCGGGGAGAAAUGGGUCUGAGAGCAAAUGGAAAAACUCUGCCUCCGUUGGGGAGCGAAAUAAACUGAACGAACCCAUUGGAACGAGUGGCAAGAACUUUACUUUCUCUAAAGGUUUAGAAGACACCGUGCUUGAUUUGUACUCGUGGAACUUCAAUCCUGGUAAUGGUCCUGUGGAUCGUUAUCGGAAUGACCAUAGCAUCAAUACAAACAACUUGUCUGAGUUCCAGGUUACUGGUCAGUCAAAGUUCCAUUUGGCUGAAGUUUCAGAUGCUGGCAAAGCCAAUGUGAAAUCUGGAGAAGAGAAAAGUUAUGCUGGUGAAAUGAGAACAUCAUGGCUUGGAAGUACCAGUAAAGCCAGUGCAGAGUCUAAGAAUGAGAGGAACCAAGCUAGCGAGCUUAAGGAACUUGAUCAGCUACAUAAGGCAAGUGGUGCCCCCUCUAGAGACAACUUUGUGGAUAACCCAUGGUCUAGAAGCAAUGAGCCUACAAAUUCAGCAUCAGAGUUGUGGAAAGAUUGCUCAGUCAAAACUGUAUUUCCAUUCUCCAAACCGGAUGCAUCGACCAGUUUUGAAUGUGCUGCAAUCGGUGACCAGAAAGAAGGCAAGAGAAGAGCGGAGAUCAGUGACAUUAGGGCAGCAAUCAAAGAGCAAGUGGAUGAGGUUGGAAGGGCUUUAUUUUUUGGAAAGACCCAGGAGAGUUCUGAGCAAAAGAAUGUCAGCAGCUUAAGCUUUCCUCAUGCAUAUGAGAUUCAGAAAGAAGAAUUACCUAGGUUGCCACCUGUUAAACUUAAGUCAGAGGACAAGGAAUUAAGUGUCAAUUGGGAGGAAAAAUUUGAUCGUGAUGGACCUGGGUCGAAGCUUACUCCUGCUGACAAUACAUUCCUUAUAGGGUCAUAUCUUGAUGUUCCUGUGGGACAAGAAAUCAGUUCUGCAGGUGGAAAAAGGGCCGGAGGAGGGAGCUGGCUGUCUGUAAGUCAGGGCAUUGCGGAGGAUACUUCCGAUCUUGUGUCUGGUUUUGCAACUAUUGGUGAUGGAUUGAGUGAAUCUGUUGACUAUCCAAAUGAGUAUUGGGACUCUGAUGAAUAUGAUGAUGAUGAUGAUGUGGGCUACAUGAGACAACCUAUUGAAGAUGAGACCUGGUUUCUAGCUCAUGAAAUCGAUUACCCAAGUGACAAUGAAAAGGGAACAGGACAUGGGAGUGUGCCGGACCCUCAAGAAAGGGGCCCUGCCAAAGAUGAGGAUGAUGAUCAGUCAUUUGCAGAGGAGGAUUCCUACUUCUCUGGAGAGCGGUAUUUUGAAUCUAAAAAUGUUAAUCCAGUUACAGCUUUAGAUGAUCCUAUAGGCCUGUCAAUGACUGAAAUGUAUGGGAGGACCGAUGAAAAUGAUCUGAUAGCUCAGUAUGAUGGACAAUUGAUGGAUGAAGAGGAACUGAAUUUGAUGCGUGCAGAACCGGUCUGGCAAGGUUUUGUCACUCAGACAAAUGAAUUCAUCAUGUUAGGGGCGGGGAAAGUUCAGAAUGAAUGUGGAAGGCCUCGUCUGGAUGAUAUUUGUAUGGAUGAUGAUCAGCAUGGUUCAGUGAGAUCUAUCGGUGUGGGGAUCAACAGUGAUGCUGCCGAUAUGGGCAGUGAGGUUCGAGAAAGUUUGGUUGGUGGUAGUAGUGAGGGGGACUUGGAGUACUUUCAAGAUCAUGAUAUUGGUAUCAGUGGAUCCAGGCAUUCCGUGCAUCUCUCAGAUAGGAAAUAUGUUGAGAGAUCAAACAGGGAUAAAAAGAGAACAAAUAAACAUGACUCUGACAAGUAUGUAAUGGGUAAUGACAAGGGUGCAGGGAAACAGGAAAAAAAUCAUACAGAUGGAGGAUUUUCAUUCCCCCCUCCGAGAGAUGGGCAGUUGGUGCAGACUGGAUCUAGUAAAUCUUUAUGGUCGAACAAGUGCAAUGCUGUUAUUGGUGAUGAACUUGAUGGCUGUUUGAAUACUGAGAUUGGGGCAGAUGACAUGCUUGCUCAAUGGAGGCGGAAAAGCAGUGAUUCUUCACCUGUCAAGAGUUCAAGGGAUGAAAACAAUGCCAAUGCUGUAGUAUCGGAAAAUUCUUCCCCAUCGACAAUCUCCGAUUAUCGUUAUGCUGAAAAAGAUCAUGACAAGAAAGAAGAGGAUGAAAGAGCUGCUUGUACAAGAGAAGAAGAUUUUGGGGCAUCACUGGAGGAUGAAGAGGCAGUUGCCGUGCAAGAGCAAGUAAAGCAGAUAAAGGUUCAGGAGGAGGAGUUUGAAACUUUCAAUCUUAAGAUUGUCCACAGGAAAAACAGAACUGGCUUCGAGGAGGACAAAAAUUUCCAUGUUGUUUUAAAUUCAGUCAUAGCUGGGCGCUAUCAUGUUACUGAGUAUCUUGGAUCUGCUGCAUUCAGCAAAGCCAUUCAAGCUCAUGACCUACAUACUGGCAUGGAUGUUUGUGUGAAGAUAAUAAAGAACAACAAAGAUUUCUUUGAUCAGAGUCUUGAUGAGAUAAAGCUGCUUAAGCUUGUCAACAAGCAUGAUCCCGGUGACAAGUAUCAUAUUCUCCGAUUGUAUGAUUACUUUUAUUAUCGAGAGCAUUUAUUAAUUGUCUGUGAACUUCUCAAGGCAAAUUUAUAUGAGUUUCAUAAAUUUAAUAGAGAAUCUGGAGGGGAGGUUUACUUCACAAUGCCAAGACUGCAGUCUAUCACCAUCCAGUGUCUGGAGGCACUACAAUUCUUGCAUGGUCUUGGUCUCAUACACUGUGAUCUGAAACCUGAGAAUAUUUUGGUGAAGAGCUACAGUAGAUGUGAAGUGAAGGUCAUUGAUCUUGGAAGCAGUUGCUUUGAAACAGAUCAUCUCUGCUCAUAUGUUCAAUCUCGGUCAUAUCGUGCACCAGAGGUUAUCUUGGGACUUCCAUAUGAUAAAAAGAUAGAUAUCUGGUCGCUCGGCUGCAUCUUGGCUGAGCUUUGUACUGGCAAUGUUCUCUUCCAAAAUGAUUCACCUGCCACGUUACUUGCUCGGGUGAUUGGGAUCAUAAGUCCCAUUGAUCAGGACAUGCUUGCAAAAGGACGGGAUACAUACAAAUAUUUCACCAAAAAUCACAUGCUUUAUGAACGAAACCAGGACACCAACAGACUGGAAUACCUAAUCCCCAAAAAGACAUCCUUAAGGCACCGGUUGCCAAUGGGGGACCAAGGCUUCAUCGACUUUGUUGCUCAUCUGCUUGAAAUAAACCCUAAGAAGCGCCCUUCUGCAUCAGAGGCUCUGAAACACCCAUGGCUUGCAUACCCUUAUGAACCCAUUUCAUCCUGAACAGUGAUUUCCUCGGUGCAGAUGGCUGUUUUGGGUGGUGUUAUGAAGGGAAGGAGGUCCCAGUUGGUUCUCAAUUGAAAUUGGUUUCAUUAAACUAAUCUUCAGUGGAAUUUACUUGUACCUGUGCUUGCAAAUGCAUUGAAGGUGUGAUUGGUUUUAUUGGUGGUUAAUCUCACUCUCUUUCCUUCCCCAUUAUCAGGUUGUAUUCCAAUUAACCACAACCGAGAAUGUAAUUUAUUUUUUUGCACGCAUUGUGUAAUUCUAGGGGUUUUUUUCUUGGUCAUUUGCUUUGUGUUGUCUCUGGUGGAAGGGAGAUCUUCAAUCUUGUUGUACAUGAUGUGAUAAUUCUUUUAGGUUAUCUAGUAUUAGCUUGUGAAAUAGUUGCUUAUCCAAUUUUGGUCGACUCACGACGCUUUUGCUGCAGUGCAUCAGAUUGGAGCUUGCUUAGUGAGAGUGUGUGUUGAUUUGUCAUGUGGUUUUGAUAUAUUGUUGCCAUGUAAGGGGUCCUGGGCUUUUUCUAUAUUCAGGCGCAUGUCAUGGUUCCAACC